UUGUCCUUCCGCCUCGUGCAGGAACUACUUCCUUUUCCUGACGCGAGUCUCCGGCAAGGCAGUUGCACGCCUCCGUCUGUUGGCCGUUCACCGCAAAACUGGAUUGUAAAACUUUAACAACCAGACGGACUGAUAACAGAGUUCUUUCUUCGAGAUCGUAGGUUUUCCAUCUUCUUCAAGCAUGUCUCGUUUUUUCGCUACUGGGUCUGACAGUGAGUCAGAGGAGUCAUCAUCUGCUGAUGAGAUCACCCCAAAGGCACCUGGGACCACCUUUAAGCAGUCCUUGCUGCUCAGUGAUGAAGAGGAAGACACCAAGCGAGUUCUGCGUAGCGCAAAGGACAAAAGGUUUGAGGAACUGACCAACCUCAUUAAGACAAUCCGCAAUGCCAUGAAGAUCCGUGACAUGGCCAAGUGUCUGGAAGAGUUUGAGCAGUUAUGUCGAGUCUUCCUUAAAAGCAAGAACAUAGUGGAUAAAGAGGGGGUUCCUUCUUUUUACAUCCGACUCCUAGCAGACCUGGAGGACUAUCUAAACCAGCUGUGGGAAGACAAGGAAGGCAAAAAGAAGAUGAAUAAAAACAAUGCAAAAGCUCUGAGUACACUCCGCCAGAAGAUUCGCAAAUACAACAGGGACUACGAGACAGAAAUCACUGCAUACAAAGAGAACCCACAGGAGUCUGCAGAUGAAGAGGAGGAGAAGGCGCAAGAUGAUUCAGGUUCCUCAUCAGAGGAUGAUGACGAUGACGAUGAUGACAUCCCUACAGCCAAGUCUUUCCUAAAGAAAAAGCCUGAAGCUGUCCCAGAGGCUAGCAAGGCUGCCAAAGGCUCUGGGGAUGAUGAGUCUUCUAGUGGUGGCGAUGAUGAUGAUGAAGACGAUGACGACGACGAUGGUGGCUGGGGCUCAGACUCCGUUGGCAGUGGAAGCGAGAGCUCUGAUGAAGCAGAAGGAAAGAGUGCGUCCCUGGCCAUGGCCUUUCUUAAAAAGCCCCAGUUACCUGACAAAGCCAGUGAAAAGGUUACAAAAAAGAAGAAGCUGAAGAAGAAAGUGCGCAUAGAGGAAGAGCCUGAGGAAGAACCUGGUGAGGAAGUGGAGGGAGGAUGGGAGAAGGUCAAGGGUGGAGCCCCCAUGGUCAAGGAAAAGCCAAAGAUGUUUGCUAAAGGAACUGAGAUCAACAUUGCAGUGGUGGUAAAGAAACUCAACGAGAUCCUGCAGGCAAGAGGGAAGAAAGGCACUGACAGGGCUGCUCAGAUUGAGCUGCUCCACUCGCUGUCCAGCAUCUCCGCUGAGCACAACCUUGGUGUUGGAAUCUUGGUCAAAAUAAAGUUCAACAUUGUCGCCUCCUUAUAUGACUACAAUCCCAAUCUGGCAGCUUUCAUGAAGCCCGAAAUGUGGAAGAAGUGUCUGGACUGCAUAGAGGAGCUGCUGAACAUCCUUUUCGACAACAACAAUGACAUCUUCAUUGGGGAGAACAUUGCGGAGGACAGCGAAAAUCUGGCGAUCUCAGAGCAGCCUUUCCGGGUCCGCGGUUGUAUCUUGACUCUGGUGGAGAGGAUGGACGAAGAGUUUACAAAGAUCAUGCAGAACACAGAUCCCCACUCACAAGAAUAUGUGGACAACCUGAAAGAUGAGGGGCGAGUGUGCGAUAUCAUUGAUGGUCUGCUCUCGUACUUGGAGAAAAAGGGAACCACGGAGGAGGUGUGCCGUGUAUACCUGCGCAGGAUCAUGCACACUUACUACAAGUUUGACUACAAGGCUCAUGAGCGCAGCAAGGCCCUGCAGGGAGAGUCCAAGUCCGAACAGGACCAAAUGGAGGCAGAGGGCGAAAACAGUGCCCUGAAUAUGGACCGCCUCUGCAAGUUCAUUUACGCCAAGGACCGCACCGACCGUAUUCGUACCUGUGCCAUCCUCUGCCACAUCUAUCACCAUGCCCUGCAUUCCCGCUGGUACCAGGCCCGAGACUUGAUGCUCAUGAGCCACCUCCAAGACAACAUUCAGCACGCUGACCCACCAGUGCAGAUCCUCUACAACAGAACCAUGGUUCAGCUGGGCAUCUGUGCCUUCCGUCAAGGGAUGAUCAAGGAUGCCCACAACGCACUGCUCGACAUCCAGUCUUCUGGUCGUGCUAAAGAGCUUCUGGGUCAGGGCUUGCUCAUGAGGAACAUGCAGGAGAGGAACGCCGAACAGGAGAAGAUCGAGAAGAGAAGACAGGUGCCCUUCCACAUGCACAUCAACCUGGAGCUACUGGAGUGUGUCUAUCUGGUGUCAGCCAUGUUGCUGGAGAUCCCAUACAUGGCUGCUCAUGAGUUUGAUGCCCGGCGUAGAAUGAUCAGCAAGCAGUUCCAUCACCAGCUCAGGGUGGGAGAGAGGCAGCCCCUCCUGGGACCCCCUGAGAGCAUGAGGGAGCAUGUGGUGGCUGCCAGCAAGGCCAUGAAGAUGGGCGACUGGCGCACGUGUCACUCCUUCAUCAUCAACGAAAAGAUGAACAGUAAAGUUUGGGACCUAUUCGCAGAGACUCAGCAAGUGCGCGAGAUGCUCGUCAGGAAGAUCCAGGAGGAGUCUCUGAGGACCUACCUGUUCACCUACAGCAGCGUUUAUGACUCUAUCAGCAUGCAGACCUUGUCUGAGAUGUUUGAACUCGAGAUCCCGACAGUUCACAGCAUUAUCAGCAAAAUGAUCAUCAAUGAGGAGCUGAUGGCCUCUCUGGACCAGCCCACGCAGACUGUGGUGAUGCACCGCACCGAGCCCACCUCCCUGCAGAACAUGGCCCUUCAGCUGGCUGAGAAACUGGGCAGCUUAGUGGAGAACAAUGAGCGUGUCUUUGACCUUAAGCAAGGGGUCUAUGGAGGCUACUUCAACAGAGAUCAGAAAGGUGGAUAUCAACAGAAGCAGUCCUACCAGAGAGAUCAGAAAGGAGGUUAUCAGCAGAACAAGUCGGGCUACCAACGUGGUGGCUACAGAAACCAAAACCAAAGCAAUUAUUGAUUUUUGGUGGAAGGUUUGUGCAGUGACUUGAACCAGUUUUCAUUCCAUAAGGACGACGACAUCACCUGCGGGCUCACACUUUCCAACCUCAUCAUACAAGAACCCCCCGGCCUCUCACUGCAGCUCAUUUGGACACUGAACGUUUGAAGGUUACUAAUGGAGUCUUGCAGUGUGGGAACACAUGGUCAAGCUUCUGUUCAAGAGAAACGUGAAUUAUCUAAUAAACAUGAGACACAAUCUUA